GUCAACCUGAAGGUUCACUGAUUAGUGCCGUUUCAGCUCUACAAUUAUCAAACUGCUGUCUAAAGAAACUGGACCUGAACAACUUAAUUCAGGAGAGGAGUGAAGCUACUCAAUAAGAAGCUGGCAACUGGACAAUCUAAGUUGGAUCAUGGAAUACAACCCAGAGAACAUGAGUCGAGAAGAACUCUUAAAAUAUUUCUGUGAUCUCACACUGGAUCCAAAAACAGUACACAAUCGUCUCUCUGUUGUAGAGGGCAACAAAAAGUUGAUAUGUAAUCCAGAACCGGUGUCAUAUCCUGAUAAUCCAGAAAGGUUUGACGGCCUUCCCCAGGUUCUGUGUAAAGAGCGUCUGUCUGGACGCUGUUACUGGGAGGCUGAAUGGAGCGGGUUGGGUGAUAUGGUGGUGUCAUAUGAAGGAAUCGGCAGGAAAGGAGAAGGUUUUGAGACCAGGUUCGGAGCCAAUGACAAAUCCUGGAUUCUGAGCUGCUUCGGAGAGAAACUGAUUGCCUGGCAUGACAAUAUGGGAUCACAUAUACCUCCCCCAGCACCUCCCUUAAACAAAGUAGCAGUGUAUCUGGAUGAGCCGGCCGGCACUCUGUCCUUCUACAGCAUCUCUGACACAAACACACUCAGACACUUGUACACAUUCAACACCACAUUCACUGAACCCCUCUAUGCUGGAUUUGUGCUUUACACUAAUUCAGUGUCUCUACGUGAUGUUAAAAAGACAGGAUGAACAUUUUCUAUCCUCUACAAGAUAUACAGUGGACCCAAAAAGUAUCUGCGCUCUUUAGACAACUAAUAAUAUCAAAACAAGUGCCCUUUAUUUUAUAGCACAAGUGCACUUUUCAACUAAAAAGCUUUACAAAAUGAGGUUUGUUAGGUUUUGAGAUAUUCAACAAAAUUUGUUCAAUGUGAAAAAUAAAAAUCUAUGAAUGUCAAACUUUAUGUAACAUUGAUAUAAUCCACAUAAUGGUCGUUCUGUGUCAAAAGGGACCUUUAGACCAUUGCUUACAAAGUUUAAAAAAAUGUCUCUAAAAAUUAAAUUAGUGUUAAGAAAGGCUCUAGUAUCUUUUGUUGCAGACUAUACCACUUUGUAUCCAAUGCAAUAAAAUUCUGACAUUUUUAGGUGUGACUAGUAUCUAAAUACUUUUUGGGCACUAAAUGAUAGUCCUGAUUUAUUUGCUGGUUACAAUGACGACUUACUCCCAUCAACACAAGCUGAUGUUGUUGUGCCAUAUCACGAUUGUGUGGUUUCAUCAACUGAUAUUUGUCUUCACGAGUAAUAGAUCUCAAUUUCAAGGUUUUUAACAUUAUGGGAUGUUGUUGUAAAGCGGUAAUGUUCCAUUGCUAUUGUCUGUGGUAUAGAAACACUUGUUGGAUUUAUACUGGGCAGAUAAAGUCUGAGCAUUGAAACAUACAAAACUAAGAUUAUUCAAUAAACUCUGCUCAUUUUACCAUCA